AUGGCGUCUUCGGUCGACAACGAUUUGAUCGAUAGUGAUCUGCCAGAAGUUAUCCAAGUGCUUAAUCAUCUCACAGAGCAGGUGAAAGAGGUUACCAGUAAUGUCCAAGAGCUGCUAAACAAAGUUAAAGAUGGCGAAUUUGAUACAACAAAGGGUUUGUCAUUUCUGGAUCUUCGCUAUCACUUGCUACUCUUCUAUCUUCAAGACCUCACUCAUCUGAUCACCAUUAAGACAGAAGGUGGAAAGAUAAAGGAGAGCGAAGCCUUAAUCCGAAUAGUGACGGUGAGGACGAUCCUUGAAAAGAUGCGACCUCUUGACCACAAACUUAAGUACCAAAUUGAUAAACUGCUGCGCACGGCUGUCACUGGCAGUUUGGCUGAAAAUGACCCGCUGCAACUUCGUCCUAACCCGGAGAAUCUCAUCAGCAAGCUGAGUGAGUCUGAAGAUGAAGAGGAACAAGCACCGAAGAAGAAAGCGGCCCCCUCUAGUGAAAAGAAAUAUAUUCCUCCCAAGAUUGCGGCUGUAUAUUACGAUGGCGACAUGACAGAAGCAGACAAGAAGAAGGCCCAGGCGGAGCGGCAGAAGCGCGCUGCGCUCAGAAGUUCUGUAAUCCAGGAGCUGCGGCAACAGUACAGCGACGCUCCUGAGGAAAUUCGAGAAAGACGCGAUUUCCAGAGUGAGCGGGAAAGCCGGGAGGAGCUGCACAGGAAAAACUUUGAGGAAUCAAUGAUGGUUCGACUGAACGUAUCGAAGCGAGAGAAGAACUCCAAAAAGCGAAAGAUGAUGUCCAUGUCUGGUCAGCUGGGCGGCAUCACCCACUUUGGUGAUAUUACAGCGCUGACAGGGGGCGAGGGUGGCCAGGAUGCUGAUCAGCCUCGCUCCAAGAAAAAGAGGAUCAUGAAGAAGAAAACUAAAAGAAAAGCCUUCAAGAAGCGCCGAUAG